AUGUUCCAGGAUAUCCAGUUGCCAUCGGGAGAAAGCUACAAGCAGCCCUUGGGUCUGUUCAUCAAUAACGAGUAUGUGCAGUCAUCAUCCGACGAAACAAUCGAGUCGAUCGACGCUUCCACAGGUAAGGUUAUUGCUGCGGUGCAGGUUGCUGACGCCACGAUCGACGUCGAUAAGGCUGUGCUAGCCGCACGCAAGGCCUUUCCCGGAUGGAGAGACACGCCUGCGGUGCAGAAAAGAGACCUAUUGCUGAAGUUGGCGUCGCUGGUCGAGGAAAACGUCGAAAUUCUGGCCCAGGUGGAAUCUCUGGACAGUGGAAAACCUAUUGCCACGAACGCGAAAUACGACGUUUUGGCUAUCUCGCAGGUGCUCAAAUACUAUGCCGGAUGGGCCGACAAAGCUCAAGGACAGUCCUUCUGCCCAGACUCAAACACGCUCACCUACACCCUCCACCAACCUUUGGGUGUUGUAGGAUGCAUCAUCCCAUUCAAUUAUCCCCUGGCCAUGAUGUCAUGGAAGUGGACCGCCAUUGCCACCGGAAACACAACUGUUUUUAAAAGUGCCGAGCAAACACCAUUGUCCGUCUUGUUUUUCGCGAAGUUGGUCAAAGAGGCUGGUUUCCCUCCCGGUGUUUUCAACGUUAUUUCCGGUACAGGUGCCAAAGUAGGUGACGCCAUGUCCAAGCAUCUCGGCAUUGACAAAAUUGCGUUUACCGGUUCCACUGCCGUUGGCCAAAUGAUUCAGAAAGCGGCUGCAGUCAACUUGAAACCUCUUACUUUGGAAUGUGGUGGUAAAUCUCCAAAUUUGGUUUUUGCCGACGCAGAUUUCGAGCAAGCCGUUAAAUGGACCGCCCAAGGUAUUUUCUAUAAUAUGGGCCAAAUCUGUUCCGGUACCUCUAGAUGUUUUGUCCAGGACGCAAUCUAUGACAAAUUCGUCGACGCUUUGGCAAAACACGUCGAGGAAACGUAUAUCGUUGGACCACCAACAGAUCCAAAUGUACUCAUUGGGCCACAAAUUUCUAAAACGCAACAGGAGCGCAUCCAAUCUUACAUCCACAAGGGUAUUGAUGAAGGGUGCCGUGUUGCCCUUGGAGGCUUAGGUCUACCAGACACCAUCGCGCAGUCCGAAAAACACAAAUCCGGUUUUUACGUUAAACCAACUAUCUUAGCUGAUGUGAAGCCAGACUACGCUGUGGCUCGUGAGGAAAUAUUCGGGCCUGUUCUCGUAGUUGGUAGAUUUUCCACCUACGAUGAGGCCCUAGAAGUGGCCAACGACUCCACGUAUGGUCUCGGAUCGGCGAUCUUCACUCAGAACAUCUCCCAAGCUCAUAAAUUCGCAUCUCAAGUCGAAGCCGGUAUCUGUUACAUCAAUUCCUCUAACCAGCUCGAUCUAGCAUUGCCUUUCGGAGGUGUUAAGAUGAGCGGUCAUGGCCGUGAACUAGGAGAAUAUGGAUUGUCCAAUUUCACUAAUGUAAAAGCUGUCUACGUGAACCUGGGUAGCAAGCUGUAG